GAUUGAAAAUUUAUAAAAAGAAACAAGCUUGGAAGCUAACGUUUAGGUUUAGCUCAUGUUUCUUUGGAGAGAUGGAUUGUGAGGGAGUGAGACCACUCAGACCAGAUGCCCCGUUAGCUUUCUAUUGGCGAGAAGAGGCCGACGGAAGUCAGAGAUGGAGAUUCUGAUGAUCAAUUGGGGAAGAAGAGGAGAGGGGUUUUGGAUGGUAACAUGAAUAAGGUUGCGGAGACUGUAGAAAGCUGAAGAUCACUUGCAGGUUAUAAAUAAAGAUCAAAGGAUGCAGAAUUUUAUUUCGGAGUUGAGCUUUUACAUUAAAGAGUAAAGAUGAAGACAAAGAAAAGGCAUAAAAAUGAGGGGGGUGAGACAACGACAACGAUUUUGGACUCAGAGCUCAUGAUGCUUUUGAAGCAACAACCGACUUGUUUGCUAUGAAACCGUUUAAUCUCAGAGAACUUGUUCACAGGGUUAGAGAGAUGGGAUUCUCUGCAGAUUCAAAAUUUAUGUUAUCAUUUUGAAAAUUUGAGGAAGAAUGAAGAUGAAAUAGUCUUUUUAAUCUUUCGUUAAUGGAUACUGUCAGAAAAAUUAAUGGCACUUUAAAUAAUUUUUUAAAUGUUAGGGUAAGUUUCACAUUUGGUAAAAUAUAGGGGUAAUUUAAGUAUUUUACCCAUAAAUAUACGGCGAAGGAAAUAAGAUCCUAUCAAUUGUGACGGAGCUGAGGUUCAGCCGGCAGCAAAACUCCGCUGCGACUGUUGACGUGUGACGGGUUUUUCUUCAACCGCUCUUUUACAGGAUUAAGCGGCGAAUAGUGCGUCCUUUCAUUUUGGAGAACUGGAGACCGUUUCCUCCUCUCUCUGAUAACCACGUCUUCGUCUCCCUUUCUCUAUUGCUAUCCAAUUUUCCCUGAUGUAUGUUAUUAAUUUCUAUUUAUUUAUGGAUUUUCUUAUUUUCUUCUUUCUUCUCUCCGUUAUUCUUCUGUUCCUCAACGGUUUUCUCUCUGAACCAUCUGAAAUCUCCAAACUCUUCCAAAUCGAAAACCCAAAAAAUUCCUCCAAUGGGUUUGUCGAAAUAACUUCCUCAUUGUCAAAAUCCAGCUGGGAUUAUCCUUCUAAUCCUUCCUACAUGUAUAGUCUUCAUUUGAGUUUGAGUUUCUCAGUUGAUACAUGGAAGCGGAGCAAGAAGCAUUAGUUUCUGAUUGAUGACUUCAAGGGUAAUUGCGCUUAGGGGGAGAGAGAGCAUAUCAUUGAUGCAAACUUUGGAUUAUUGAUAUAGAUUUGGGUUAAAGUUUAUGUUAUCACUCUGGCACUUCGUGUUCAUCUGACCUGUAAGUUGUACUCAAGGGUUGCUCGGGAUUGCCUCCAUGGUAUCAUCAGGGACUUUCAAGCGGCAGAGCUCCUAUGAGAUGAGAAACAUCCACCAGAAAAUGCACCAUGUGAACUCAAAAAAUUGAAUCCAAUUACAAAAGAUAGUGUUUACUUGAUUGAUGUUCCACCAUAUGAAUGCUUAAGUUAGUGAUCCAGCUUCCAAAGGUAGCAUUGAUUCAACCAGUAACCUGCCAUGUAAAGCCAAAAAGAUGGAUCCAACUUCUAGGACUGGUGCUAGCCUAAACAACAAUCCAUGUCCAUUGCCAUGCCCAAAGGCAUCUGUAAAUUCAGAAACAAUAGCAACAACAGGAACAGUAGCAGCAGCAAUACCAACAACUGCAAAGACAAAUGAUGCAAAGAGAAGUAAUUCCAUCACCAAUAAUUGCCGAGGGAGCUGUAGUAGCACCCGUAGUGACAGCAUAGAUAGCUCCACUGCACCCCUCAAACCCCACACUGGUGGUGAUGGUCGGUGGGAGGCAAUUCAACUUGUCACUGCCAGAGAAUCCCCUCUUGGUCUCAACCAUUUUCGGCUUCUUAAGCGACUUGGAUAUGGAGACAUUGGAAGUGUCUACCUUGUUGAACUUAAGGGAACCAAUGCAUUCUUUGCCAUGAAAGUGAUGGACAAAGCAUCACUGGCUAGUAGAAACAAGAUACUCCGAGCACAGACAGAAAGGGAGAUUCUUGGGCUUCUUGAUCACCCCUUCUUGCCCACUCUUUAUUCACAUUUUGAGACAGACAAGUUCUAUUGUUUGGUCAUGGAAUUCUGCAGUGGGGGUAAUCUGCAUUCUCUUCGGCAGAAGCAACCAAACAAGUAUUUCAGUGAGCAAGCUGCACGGUUUUAUGCAUCAGAAGUAUUGCUGGCACUUGAGUAUCUGCACAUGCUUGGAGUUGUGUACAGAGACCUGAAGCCAGAAAAUGUGCUAGUAAGGGAGGAGGGACAUAUAAUGCUCUCUGACUUUGACCUGUCACUGCGUUGCUCUGUCAGCCCAACUCUUGUAAAAUCAUCAUCAGUUGGUGGUAUUGGAAACAUAGGUGGCAUUCUCAGUGAUGAGUUUGCAAUACCUGGAUGUAUCCAACCAUCAUCAUUCUUCCCACGCAUCCUACCUAAGAAGAGUCGGAAAUCUAAAUCAGAUUUUGGCCUCUUUGCUGGGGGAUCCCUCCCAGAACUAAUGGCAGAGCCCACGAAUGCACGUUCCAUGUCAUUUGUGGGGACACAUGAGUACCUGGCACCUGAGAUCAUACGCGGUGAGGGCCAUGGUAGUGCAGUUGAUUGGUGGACAUUUGGCAUUUUCUUGUAUGAGCUGUUGCAUGGGACAACCCCAUUCAAAGGGGCAGGCAACCGUGCGACACUCUUCAAUGUGGUGGACCAGCCACUCCGGUUUCCAGAUGUACCAAGUGUGAGCCUUGUGGCACGGGAUCUCAUCCGUGGCCUCUUGGUGAAGGAUCCACAGAAACGAAUAGCCUACAAAAGAGGUGCCACAGAGAUCAAACAGCACCCAUUCUUUGAAGGAGUUAAUUGGGCCCUAGUGAGGAGCAGCAUGCCACCAAUUGUGCCCCCACCCAUGGACUUCAGCCAAUAUGCCAGUAAGGAGACAAACCACAUGGAUAAGAAGACAAUAGGAAGUAGUAAUACCAGUGGUGGUGGUGGUGGAAAUAAGAACAUCUCUGGUGACUCUGCUUCCCUUGAUUUUGAAUAUUUCUAGGAUAACUGCAGUUGCAUAUUAAAGUAGGGUGCUCCAAAUUCAGGGAUCAAACAGCCACAUUAAAUGUUCUUGGUUGGAAACUGAAGUUGUAAUUACAGUUGUACACAUGUUGGAGGGAAAAUUUCUUGUACAUCUGCAAGGAUAAGUAUUUCAGAUGUAUCUGUUUUAACAUGUAUUUAUCAAAAAGAAUGUUGAUGGUCAGAAAGAUUAAAUUCUUUUCAGUUUUUUUUUUUUUUUUUGGUGGGGGGGACUAAACAUUGCAUUUUGAAGGAUGCUGCAAGAUCCAUCCUAUAUCUUACUGUAUUGUCAAGAUUGAUCUGACUUUGCAAUUUCUAUAAAAUCUGUAUU